AAAUUCACAAAAACCCAACUCCGAAACAAAUCAGAGAGUCCCCAAUAUUAACCAGAACAAAUCAACUGAAGAAUGGAGCAGAUAAAGGAAUCAGUGAAAGAUGAAAGAGAAUAUGUUUUGACGAUUGGUUGUAGGAUCACGCCUGCUGAUUCACCUGUGGCAUUCAAUUCUCAGAUUCAGCAGCAGCCAUUUCCAACCCCUUCACCGUUCUCUUUCUCGGUGGCUUCUACUGGGUGGAGCUCCAGAUCUUCCAUACAUCAUCACUCGACUCUCCUACUCCGGUUCUCGGUGCUUCUCUUCUCCUUCAUCUCGGCUCUUAUACUCGCUGCGCCUUCUACAAAGAAGAAACACCAACCAUCUCCUAGCUUCACCGAGUACCCAGAAUUGAUAUACUACUUCAUCGUAGCCAGUAUAGCUUUCCUAUACACAGCUUUCCAACUGUUUAAAGGUGUUUGUGACAUUGCUCACAGAGGCAUUCUGAUCUCAGAUAUGGCCUCAGACUACGUAAGCUUCGUCCUCGACCAGUUGGUGGGUUACCUUCUCAUCUCAUCGGCUUCAGUGGCGGUGCCGAUCAUUGGAGAGGUUGAGCGAGGCACACCUCUUCGGAAGGGAGCCGUAGUAUCGACCAGCAUGGCCUUCGCAACAUUUAUAGUUAUGGCAAUCUGUGCUAUCUUAUCUGGCUAUAAGCUUUGUAAGAGAAUUGGCUGGUGAUUUUGCUCUAUGGUUGCUUCAUUAUACGACAACCAAUAACUGUUCUACUGUUUUAAAUGAAAAAGGAACUGCUUAAAUCUU